AUGGAACUCCAUACAUACUCGCUUGGACAUGUCUUCCCCCCUGAGGAUCGCAGGCUCACCCGUUUUAGGCCUGUUUUUGCUGACUACAUCGUGUAUGAGCAGCACUGUCACGAGUUCAUGAACCAGCCUCAUGCAAGAGCAGCACUUCUUCAUGGUGGCCUCAUAUGGUGGCUGGCUUUACAUAUCCUUGGGUUCGAUGUUCUCCCCUCUGUUCUCAAUGGCAUUUCACAGGAAGCGGUACCAUUUGGCCUCAUGCUGGACAUCAAUGGCCAGACUUAUUUUGAUGAUGAGCUGUCAGAAGAGGAGGUAGAUUUCAUGUGCAGGACAUAUUAUCUGCAUACCAACAACGGGAAUGUUGAAAUUGUCUCCUGGUGGCCCAGGCCCCAGGCCUGGGCUGCCUCAGGACUAAACGUGGGGUUCUGGUCCAGUCAAUGUGAAUCUUGGUUCCAGUCAUGCCUGGACAACAUUCGACGGGGCAUUUCAUGA